AAAGAUGCUUCAGAGAUCUUUCUUACUUGAGUCACGUCUGUCUCCAAGCGAAUGGAUCCACCUCACUUCCUAUGCGCGAAGAUCGAACCUGUCGCUGUCGUUUCGGGCCGGUGAGCAGACUUAAGGUGAGCGCAACCGCUGCGCUUUCCUCAAACCAAUCCAGAUUUUCCAGCCCUUUUUGAAUGAACUCGUUCAAGUGUGAGAGGCACUUGUGUUAAGACUAUGAAGACCACUCGAAAAUGCCGUGCUCUUCUGUCUGUGGGGUUAAAUCUUCUGGCACUCUUAUUCUCAACGACAGCGUUCAUCACGACCUACUGGUGCGAGGGGACUCAGAGGGUCCCUAAACCCAACUGCAGCAAGGACAGACGGCAUAAUUGUAUUGACUAUGGGGUGAACGAGACAGACCCCAGCAAAGUUCACUAUAGCUGGGAAACAGGCGACGAUCGCUUUCUCUUCAGGCAUUUCCACACGGGGAUCUGGUACUCAUGUGAGGAGAAUAUCCAUGGAGGAGGUGAGAAAUGCAGGAGUUUUAUUGAUCUGGCCCCGGCAUCUGAGAGAGGUGUCCUUUGGCUGUCAGUUGUGUCUGAGGUGCUAUACAUCAUGCUGCUGGUCGUUGGCUUCAGUCUGAUGUGCCUGGAGCUUUUUCACUCCAGUAAUGUGAUCGAUGGACUCAAACUGAACGCCUUCGCCGCAGUCUUCACCGUGCUGUCAGGUCUUCUGGGAAUGGUGGCCCACAUGAUGUACACACAAGUGUUCCAGAUUACAGUCAGCUUGGGACCUGAAGACUGGAGGCCUCACACAUGGGACUAUGGCUGGUCAUUCUGUAUGGCCUGGGGCUCGUUCACCUGUUGUAUGGCCGCCUCCGUCACCACCCUCAACUCCUACACAAAGACGGUGAUCGAGUUUCGCCACAAACGGAAGCUCUUUGAGCAAGGCCUACGCGAGGAGCAAACCUUCCUGGACCCCGAGACCUUCCACUACUUCCGUGACAGAUCUGUCCAGUCCAUCUCCAGCUCGGUAGAUGUUUACCCAAGCCACGGAAGCAGCCACGGAAACAGUCGUGGGAAAAUGCGUUCCCCACCGGCUCCAGUGGACCAGGGAGACAACACCGAGUCUCUGGGAGAAGAGCAAUGCUAAGAGGACACACAUCCACAGCUGGCCUUGCUCUGACCAGAAAACUCUAAUCAAAGAAUCCUUGUGAACUAUGAAUGCGAGGGGUCCGAAUGUUAGUUGAAUUCCCUUUUUGGAUGUGACUUACAAGAGUGAAAUGAACAAGAAAAGCAAAGCUGAGCCUUAGUGAAGGGUAAUUGGAGAUUGUAAAUAAAAUCCAGUUGAAAUGGAGCUUUUUUCCAGCCGAAAGAUAGUGGAGGUAUACAGGCAGGUGGGAAAACACAAAAAUGACUUACACACUGCUGGGAAGACUGCUAUAUUCGUACGGAAGCAUCUGUUGGCCCCUCAUUCUGACAGCUAGACAAGCUCUUGAGUAUUUACCGGUUGUACACAGUACAUGAAAUGCCCUCCUCCCUUGAAGAGAUCUGCUUGAAUAUGCCUUCAUGUUACAAACAGCAGAGUACAGUACCGUUUAAUCUUGCCUUUAAUACUGCUGCAGCUGAACACAAGAGAAGCACAGCCAUUUCAGAUACAACAUACACUCUCUGGAAAAUAGGUAUAAAAGCUGUCACGUUUCAAAAGGCAUAUUUUGGUACUUUAUUUUCCCCUGAAGCAUUAAUUAGUACAUUUUCAGUGCACUAAUAUGUAUCAUGUAGGUACUAAUGUAUGCUUUAUGUGUUAAUAUGCUGUCUUUAAGGCAAUAUUAUACACUAUUUAGGGCAAAAUAAAGUACAGUACAGUUACAAAUGUACCUUUUGAAAUGGCUUUUUGUACCUUUUAUCCUUAGAGGAGAUACAAUGUUACUGCCGUUUAUAUUUUUGCCUGUUUCUGUCUUUUGUCAUGCAUUACCAGGUUGAUUAGCAGAAGUCAAUGACAAGAUUAUAACUCCUGUCCUUAAAUCCUUAUUUUCUUUUUUUUUUGUAACAUUUUGAACAAAAUACAUUAAAUGUACAUACAAUGAAUGGAACUCUAUCUAUUAAUGAAUGUACUAAAUUGUAUAUUUAUCUAUGUAUGCACUAUAAUCGUGUCUUUUUCAUAUGAUAAAUGAGGUACAAAAUUGU